AAAAUUAGCCGUUGCCAAGCGCCUCUCAGCGCCGCAACUUCGGCUAGCCCCGGGUUCGAUUCCCGGCCGAUGCAAUAUCCUUUUUUGCCUUUUUGUGGUCUUUCUGGCGGUUGACAGCUUUCCAGCCGCUUUGAGCAACAUCGGGUGGAUCAGGCCGCUAGUGACGAUGCUGAUUUGCGAGUGGAUCCGCUUGGUCAGACCAUGAUAGGUGUUCGAACACAAUAUGCCGGCGAUGUAAGCUCUAGGUGUCAGCUACAAGUCAACGUGUAUGAUGAAGCCUCACAUUAUCACCAGCCUGUAAUACUCAACAUCCCUUUCACACGUUAUCUUUUGUCGACAGGUUCCUCCUUCAUCUCCUCCUGCUCUUGAGUACAAAUUCGAAAUGGAAAACAACGCCGCCGAGGUUCUCCUGGCCGACCGCCGUCAAACUCAAGAGCGCUCUUCUGCGCCUGAUCUUCGCCAGUAUCGUGGAUUCCAUUGGACGCGCUUAGUACUGCGUGUUCUCUCACUGUCGACGUGUGCUGCUAUAAGCGUCGUGUUGAUUGACGCUAUCUACACCUACAACAAGACGAAGCAUGUUAGGAAUCCGUAUCGCGGCGGCAGCGGCACAUUUCCCGUCUGGCCGAAGGAUCUGAAGUUGUAUCCAACCUACAUUCUGCUCGGUGCAGCAGCUUUUGCGGGAGUUUUUAGCUUGCUACUUGUCGUUGCGAGCUUCACGAAAAAAGUGAGGAGGAUGACACAGACCGGUAACGUUGCUACGGUCGUCAUCUCGUCGGUUUGCUUGGUCGUGUGGGUCGUGGUUACCGCAUAUUAUGGGACUUGGGAUACCAGUGAGACGAACUGGGACUUGCUCUCGUGGACUUGUCAGCAUCGAAAUCCUGAGUACCGUUACCAGGAUAUCAAUUUCGGCGAGAUAUGUACUGAGAUGCGUUUCGCGUUUUGGGCUGGUGUUGGUCUAGCCGUAAUGGAGGCUUUCAAUUUGGCCAUCUUUAUCUUGUGGUUCAUCAAGACACGACAUUCUCGUGGUUACGAGCAGAUGCAGAGCGGUAACGGCGAGCGAGGAUUCCACUUGACGCCUACAUCAAAUGGUUCGAGGUUGCUGAGCGAGGAGAGAGGACCUUAGAUAGGAAGCCAGCUAGCGGUAAUGCACGCAGUACAAAACCUCGUGUUCAUACUGACGGGGUUUCGCUUUCGGUUGUCAGCACUUGUUGUUUCCAGAUGGUAUCAGAUUGAUGAACGAUAUUUCAGGAGCAGAUCUAAUUGACUAUGACGUCAUGGUGAUAGGCUGUCUACGGCAGUAUGUAUCUUGAAUCAUU